AUGCCACCCGAUGAAAGCACGAGGGCUGAGAUACCGCCGGGUAGCCCAAGCCUAGACAAGGGAAGUGGAGAUGCAGAUGUCGGGUUCGAACCACGGACAUUCCGAGAAGGUACACCUACGCCAACCACUUUUCAAGGGGUGUGGUUUCGGAGACCAGAAGAUGAUGACAGUAAUCAUGAGAGACCUGAAAUGAGACUUGGUUUGAAACCUCCCAAAAAGUAA